AUGACGAAGAAACAAGACGCAGCGGAGGAGGCGCUGCAUGACCAGACGCAACUGCUGCCGAAGAAGCAGGUGCUGUUCGUCUUUGGGGUCAUGAGUCUCGCUUUGUUGGUCUGCUUUAUCGAUCAAAACUCCGUCGCCGUGCUUCAGCCUUCUAUCGCGCGCGACCUCAAUGCUCGCUCUUCGGUCUCAUGGACAGGAACGUCGUCCCUCAUUGCCAAUACGACCUUUCAAAUACUUUAUGGAAGGCUCAGUGAUCUGGCGGGCCGCAAAAAUGUAAUGAUAUCGGCGCUGGUAUUGCUCUCCCUCAGCGAUCUGGGCACCGGCCUGGCCGUUAACUCCACCAUGCUCUACAUAUUCCGCGGCCUCGCGGGAGUGGCAGGCGGCGGCAUCACGUCGCUAUCAAUGAUGAUCGUUAGCGACAUUGUCACCUUGCAGGAACGCGGUAAAUACCAGGGAAUCCUCGGGUCUCAAGUCGGACUGGGCAAUGCUCUGGGCCCGCUAAUCGCGUCUGCUUUCGCCAUCCACGGCACAUGGCGAGGCAUCUUCUACCUGCUUGCCCCGCUCGUUAUGAUCGCUGCUGGCAUAUCGUGGAGGUGUCUACCGACGAACAUGCCGAAAUUGAACCUACGGCAGACGCUGGCGAAGAUCGAUGUUCUUGGUUUGGUGACGGGCACGGCGGCGGUGAUUUUAUUGCUGAUUCCCACUUCAGAGGGCGGACAUGCUGGCGUGCCGUGGGAUUCGCCCAUGAUUAUCGCCAUGUUCUGCGCAGGAGGAGCGUGUCUGAUUGCCUUCCUCCUGAUUGAGUGGAAGUACGCAAGGCUGCCUAUGAUGCCGCUGGGGAUGUUUCGCAAAGCAUCCGUGGCGGCCAUGUUGAUGCAGACGUUCCUGCUGGGAGCAUGCUACUACACGUACCUGUACUUCAUCACGUUGUACCUGCAGAACGUGAGGGGCAAGUCACCAUUGAUUGCGGCGGUGUUGCAGCUUCCGCUGGUGGUGACGCAGUCGACGUUUUCGACGUCCGCGGGCUACUAUCAGUCGCGCUUCAACCGAUACGCCGAGCUGAUUUGGUUUGGGUUCGGCAUCUGGACGGUCGGGGCGGGAUUGCUCGUUUCGUGCGAUGAGCAUACACAUCUGGGCUUGUUCUGCUUCUACCUCAUCGUCAUCGGGAUGGGCACAGGAUGCGUCUUCCAACCCACCCUCGUAGCGCUACAAGCCCACUGUCCCAAAGCGCAACGAGCAGUCGUAACAUCCAACCGCAACUUCCUCCGCAGUGCCGGAGCAGCAGUGGGCCUCGCCGUCUCCUCCGCCAUUCUGGCCAACGUGUUGAAGGGCUCGUUGCCGCCUAGCCUAGCGAGCGUGGCUAAUAGCACCUUCGCGCAACCCGACCUUGCGAAUUACUCGGCUGCGGAUCGCGCGACGAUUUUGCGGGCGUACGCGGCUGCGAAUCGCGCGGUGUUUAUUUGGUGUGUGCCGCUGACGGGCGUGAGUUUUUUGCUUUGUGCUUUUAUUAAGGAUCGCGGGUUGGUGAGGAAGGAGGAGAGGGAGGGGGAGACGGCGGUUGUUACGAGGGAGCAGGUGGAGAUGUCUGGUAAGGAUACGGAGAAGGGCGGGCAGCACGUGGUCGAAGUGGGAGAUGGGGACGGGGACGGGGACGGGGGCAGUGGACGAGGCAGCAGGACAGUGUCGUUGACGAGCGAGCGGAGUGGAAAAGCUGAGAAGUGA